GUGGGCAGUACUAAGGAACUGAGUUCAUACAAUACAACAGAGAUUGCUAGAGCUCUGCGUACAACUACGGCAAAAAAAAAUCUCAGUGUGUGGAAGUGAUGCUGCGUCUAUAGGCACACCGUCCACCUGCUCCGGUACACUGACAGCCCAUGAAUAUCUCUCAAAAUAGAUAUUUUGCUCUCCAUCACUCUGCCAAACCACGGGAUGACAUUAAAUGGCGUGUCCGAGGAUACGAUUUAACGUUACAAGUUUUUUUAGCUGUUAAUUAAACGCACAGAGAACGAGAAAACAACUUCACUAAACAGUUUUCGUAUACAUGCGAGGAGCGUUCCCAGGUUUCCCCCGUGAUGACUGUAUGAAUGCACUGAAAUAAGAAGUACUGCACAUUGACAAACCCAUUUGGAGCAGCACUAUCUCUCCAAGCGCGUGGGAUUCAAGCAGUAGCCAGGCGCGAGACAUCUGAGGAAUAACAUCGUCUCUUCUAAAAAGUCAUUCGCAGAUGUUUUUCGCCGUUCGUGCGUGGACCGUGCACUUUUUCAUGGACAUGGAUCGUUUUCUCUAGUUGGAUACCGACUGGUCACUACGUGAAGCUGUUUAAUUCUGGGAUUUUCUUCGGUCUGCUUCACGGCACUUCAUCUCCUCCAGCAGUGAUGCCGCGACGUGACGGGAAUUGAGAGUUUCCAUAUUCACAGAGAAAUCCGAGCAGACCUUGCAGAUCUUUGAAGAGAGUGCAGCACCUACUCUGAGUAUGGACUUGGCAAGUGAGGCCCAUGUUCUGGUGGUUUUGCUCACCUGCCUGUUCUUGAUGUGCCGGGCUCAAGAGAAGGACUACACCAUAAAAGAGGAACAGCCGGAGAAUGUGCGCAUCGGAAACCUGCGCAAAGACCUAAACUUGAACCUAGAUCCGGACAUCAAGCUGUCUUCUGCGCUGCAGUUUAAACCUGUCUACAAGACGGGUGAUGUGCCUUUGGUCAAGGUAGAGGCAAGCACGGGAGAGAUUUUCACCACAGCCAACCGCAUCGACCGUGAGAAACUGUGUUCCGGAGUCUUCACCGAGAAGCGCUGCUUUUACGAGAUCGAGGUCGCCGUGCUACCAGAUGAGAUUUUCCGACUGGUCAAGAUCCGUUUCCUCAUCGAAGACAUCAAUGACAAUGCCCCACUCUUUCAGUCGACGGUUAUCAACAUCUCCAUUCCAGAAAACACAGCCAUCAACAGCCGCUACCCUGUCCCUUCCGCAUUUGACCCUGAUAUAGGGAUCAAUGGGAUUCAACACUACGAGCUAGUCAAGAGUGUGAGCGAAUUUGGCCUGGACAUCAUCGAGACGCCUGAAGGAGACAAAUGGCCCCAACUCAUAGUCCAGCAGAGCCUCGAUCGGGAGACAAAGGACACCUUUGUGAUGAAAAUUAAAGUAGAAGAUGGUGGCACCCCUCCAAAGUCCAGCACAGCCAUUCUGCAGGUCACUGUCUCAGAUGUGAAUGACAAUCGGCCGGUGUUCAAGGACAGCGAGGUGGAGGUAAACGUUCCUGAAAAUGCCCCAAUGGGAACAUCUGUCACUCACCUUCAUGCCACAGAUGCUGAUCUGGGAUCCAAUGCUCAGAUUCACUUCUCCUUCAGCAACCAAAUCUCCCCUGCCACCAAACGACAUUUUGCUAUUGACAGCACAACUGGACUGAUUACCAUCAAGCAGCCAUUGGACAGGGAAGUCAACCCGGUGCACAAGCUUAUAGUGCUGGCCAGUGAUGGAAGCUCUACCCCUUCAAGGGCUACAGUUACAGUCAAUGUCACAGACAUUAAUGACAACGUCCCCUCCAUAGAUACCCGUUAUAUAAUGAAUCUCGUUAAUGGCACUGUGCUGUUGUCUGAAAAUGCCCCCCUUAACACAAAAAUAGCCCUAAUUACUGUGACAGACAGAGAUGCAGAUCUGAACGGUAAAGUGACUUGUUACACUGAUCAUGAUGUACCUUUCCGACUAAAGCCAGUCUUCAAUGACCAGUUUUUGCUCGAAACAGCCGCACCUUUAGAUUACGAGACCACUCGAGAGUAUGCAAUUAAGAUAGUUGCAUCUGACUCUGGGAAACCACCUCUGAACACUUCGGCAAUGGUGCUUAUUAAAAUAAAGGAUGAGAAUGACAACAUCCCAGUUUUCCCUCAGCCUGAAAUCCAGCUGUCCAUUCCAGAAAACAAUGAUCCAGGCACACAGUUGAUAAAAAUCAGUGCAACAGAUGCAGAUAGUGGUUCUAAUGCCCUUAUUAUUUAUACUCUUGGCCCAGAUGCUCCUGAUGGGUUUAAUAUAGAUCCCCGUUCUGGAAUCCUUUCUGUUGUCAAAAGGCUAGAUAGGGAGAAGCAGGAGAAGUAUUCAUUCACAGUCAUUGCCAGGGAUAAUGGUUCUACCCCUCUUCAAAGCAAUGUCACGGUCAAGCUAAUAGUCCAAGACCAAAAUGAUAACAGUCCAGCCUUUACCCAUCCUGAGUACAACUUCUAUGUGCCUGAGAACCUACCUUUGUAUGGGACGGUUGGUUUGAUAACUGUCACGGAUGCAGAUGCUGGUGACAAUGCAGUCGUCACUCUCUCGAUCAUAAAUGGGAAGGACAAUUUCAUCAUUGACCCCAAAACCGGGGUGAUCAAACCAAACAUUACCUUUGAUAGGGAGCAACAAAGUUCCUACACGUUUGUUGUCAAGGCUGUGGAUGCAGGUCAAAAGCAAACCACCUCCUAUGCCAAGGUCACCAUAAAUGUUGUUGAUGUGAAUGACAAUCGACCGGUGUUUGUUAUCCCCUCCUCAAACUAUUCCUAUGAUCUAGUACCUUCAACCACCAGCCCGGGUUCAGUGGUGACCAGGGUAUUUGCCAUUGACAAUGACACUGGGAUGAACGCUGAGCUGCAGUACAGUAUUAUUGGAGGGUCGCCGAGAGGCCUGUUUGCCAUUGACAAAACGACAGGCAACAUAACUCUACAGGAGAAGAUUGUAGCAGCAGACCAAGGACUUCAUAGGCUAGUGGUAAAGGUCAAGGACUUGGGACAACCAGAGUCCUUACACGCAAUCGCCCUUGUUCAUUUGUUUGUGAAUGAUACUGUCUCCAAUGCCACAUUCAUCCAGGAACAACUUCGCAAGAGUUUGGAGACUCCUUUGGAACGGAAUAUUGGGGACAACGACGUUACACCCCAGACCAAUGGCUACGUAAUCGUUGUUAUUGCUAUAAUAGCUGGGACUAUGACGGUUAUUCUGGUGAUCUUUGUGACUGCUUUGGUACGCUGUCGACAGACACCGAGACACAAAGUUGUCCAGAAGAGCAAGCAGAGCGGUGAGUGGGUAUCACCCAACCAGGAGGGUCGGCAGAUUAAAAAGAAAAAGAAGAAGAAGAAGAGAUCCCCAAAAAGUUUGCUGCUGAAUUUCGUAACCAUUGAGGAACCCAAGUCUGAUGACCCUACUCAUGAGCACAUCAAUGGCACCUUAGACCUCCCUGUUGAACUUGAGGAGCAGACAAUGGGAAAGUACAACUGGGCUACCACACCGACUACCUUCAAACCCGACAGUCCUGACUUAGCCAAACACUACAAAUCCGCUUCCCCUCAGCCAACAUUCCAGAUCAAACCAGAGACCCCUGUGGCUCCCAAGAAGCAUCAUGUCAUUCAGGAACUCCCACUGGACAACACAUUCGUGGUGGGCUGUGACUCACUCUCCAAAUGUUCCUCCAGCAGCUCCGACCCCUACAGUGUUUCAGAAUGCAGCUGUCAAGGGGGCUUCAAGGCACCUGGCCAAAUCCACACCAGACAGCCACUGUUCAAAGAAAUCCGUACAAUUUGGAACAACCUGAAGAACCAGAGCCAGACUCCAGAUAAAACAUUCCCUGUUGUCCCAGCCAUGUGUCCCCACAAGCAGACGCAACGCCGCGUGACCUUUCACCUCCCGGACGGCUCUCAGGAGAGCUGCAGUGACAGUGGGCUUGGAGAGCAGGAGCCCAACAGCGGUGCCAGCACGACCCAGCCUCUGCCCUUGGGCUUCCCUCAGGAAGAGUACUAUGAACAGACCUCACCCAACAGCCGCACUGAGGGGGACGGCAACUCUGACCCCGAGUCCACUAUUGAAGUGAACCUGCAGAAAGCUCUCGCCGAGGCCUCCGAGACCUGUACCCAGGAAUGUCUGAUCCUGGGUCAUUCUGACAGCUGCUGGAUGCCGCCAGCGCUGACCCAAUUCCAGACGUCCGGCUCCGCCACUCUGCCCUCCUUUGGUUUUCAACAAAGCUGGGCGCGUGGGACCAAGGCAGAUGGGCGUCACACCCUUGGCAGGUCAGUGCCCAAAGAUGAUCUGGACAAAGGGAGCAACCGGCCCCAAUUCUACAACACACUUGAGAGACACUGCAGCAAGAAAGAGGAUCCAAUCAAGGUCAUCCCUCUAGCCAGCUUUUCUGCCACGUCCAGCCCCCAGACGUCUGCGGGUGGAGGCUCUUCCGCCUUCCUGCACGAGCAUCAGCUGUAGAAGCGAGGGUAGGCCUCAGAGUACUGCAUAAUGAGAGUGAUUGAAAUGGAAAAGCUGACGGGUUCUGAUCGUUAUUAGCAUGUGUCAACCCUUUCCCGGCACGGCGUAAGGGGAAGUUAAAGCAAAGGACGCUAGCUUUCGAUAUCCUCUGUGAAACUGAAACAUGUACAGUAGACAAAUGGUAGAUAUAGACCAAAGUAGCUCCUCAAGUGAAAAUAAGCAUAACAAAAAAACACACAAAAAAAAAAAGUGGUGUGAAAUGUAUCUUAGUGGCAAAUGAAAUAAGCUUUACUGUUGAUCAAAAGGGACAGGAUUAUAGCAAAUUACUUUUAAGUCUGUGCUGCUGGAGGAAAUCAUUGCAUUCGUUUACAUGCUCGCUGAUAUUCCUAUCUAGUUAUGAAAAAAGUAAACGCCAUGUUCUUGUUAUUCAAAGAAAGUGUGUGCAUAUUCCGCACAUUAUCUGGUCUAAUUUUAAAUUCAUAUGAACAUGUGUCUGCAGCUAGUGGUCUUGGCGAGUUUAAUUGGCGCUCACUAACAGCAAAGCCGGUGGUUAUUUCGUUGUGCUUUGCACAUGAACGCAGACACGCUUGUAAACAAAACAAUAAAAAUUAGGCUCUGAGUUAAGAACCGCAUUUCAGAAUAUUACAACACAUGUAAGCAUAGUCAAUAAGGUUAAGUGUAAUGUGUGAGCGCUGGGUGACCGCAGUAUUUCUUUCGGCUCCGGCUUCGGUCUGUCGUUUUCCAGCUGAAUUGCCACCUAAAGUCAGUUUUAUUCUGCUGAAGAGAUGUAGUUCCAUGCCCCUGAAUGUGCUGCUUACUCUGUCAAGACUACACAUGCAGCUAAGCCUUUCUGCAAAAAUUAGUAACUUUUAUAUAUUAGGGGACUCUUUUCUUCUUAAACUUUGACGUUAGUUCUUUUCUCCCUGGUGAGCUCAGAGCCGUCCUCUGAUGUUCAGCAUGUUGGUAGUUUCCGUGCAUCUGACACCCUUUCUCUGCCAUUAAAAGAAACCCGCUUAUUUUCAACAUUAUCUCAUUAGCAGAGGCACAGACAUGGCUAAAAAGGCAUCCUUUGUUUUUUCGCACUUCCAUAUCAAGUAUAUAUAAAAUUUAUGCACCGUAAUAAGUGCUGUGCAACCAAUUACAAGAAUCUCCCAAUAGUAUAAUUACUUUGAUCAGUAAUCACCGUAACUGCUAUAGAAGCAGAACGCUGCUCUAGAAUGGCAUAAUUGGCUACCUUUUGUAUGUGUGUGUGCGUGUGCUUGUAUGAUGCGCACUUCUUUUUAAACUUGCGUAAAAAAUUAAGCAUUUGCGAGAUUUAUAUACAAUGAUGUCAAAGAAACAGCCUUAAAAUGUGUAUUGUGUGGAUGUAAUGACUGCUAAGUGAAGUAGAAGUUUGCUUACAAUCGUGUCAUAUUUUCGUCCAGUUUAUUCAAACAGAGACAUCAAGUAAUCCCGCAAAGAGGCUGUGCGGGUUGAGAAAUCAGCACAAAUUUAAUUCGCCAACACUUCUCCUUAGUACAUACUGAUGACACAUAAAUAUUUGGGUCAGUGAUCCAAAAAAUUACUUCACUAUAAAAUAGUGUACGUGCCAGCACCGUAAUGUGUGACAGCGAGACGUGUCGGAGUGUGUGUGUUGCUCUUUGAUGCGAGAGAACUGACAAUCACUCCAGCAGCUGUUCCCCCAACAACAGUUUAAGAUCUGUCCAACACUCUUGAUUAAGAGGAAUAAUUGCGGUGUGGUACUCUAUUAAGGGAAGGAAGCAGUGGCUUGGCCUUUCGCUCAAGCUUUUGCACGUCUGCAAGCUGGGACGGUGUGAGAGUAUCGAGUGUAAGGAUAGUGACUCAACUCAAACUCUCCUAAUCUAUACAAUAGAUCAGAAACGCUCGAAAAACAAGGUCUGAAAUACUAACAUCAGCCGUAGUGUCUGCAUUGCUUAACACUGCUUGAAAAUCUCUGCUUCUGUUCAUUCGUAACACAACAACAACCACCUAGUUACAAAUAACUGAGAGAUAAAAAAAUUCCAAUAAUUAAAAACAAUAGUUUUUGAAGAUAAGGGCUGUAGAGGUUCACAAUACAUAUGAAAUAUAUUUCAUAUUUCUUUCAGGGCUGCAUGGAUUUAGAGGUUUUACAUGCUUAAAGUCAACAUGAAAUCAAACAUUACUUUCUUAAUUCAUGUCACGGGGGGUUCUGUGAGUGAUUCAUCUGUACACACUUUUAUUUAAAGAAAAAAAUUUGCAUCUAUGUUUUAAUUAAAUUUAAUCUAAUCACAUGCCUCUCAAUCAACUUACUUUAAUUUGGCAGCGCCAGGCAAUAAUGAUAAAAACAUUAAUAUCUAGCCAUUUCAUGGUCCAAUGCAGGGAUGUGCAGCGAGUUCUGUUUUCUUUUGAUUAAAAAAAAAUUUCUUUAUUAAUAAAUAAAAGCAUUUUUUUUCUCAUUUUGACACAAUUACAGAAGAUAAAUGUGUUGCAAAUGCUAUUUCACGUUGACUUUAAAAUGCUUAAAAAUAAACAUUUGCUGAAAUCUGAAACAGCUAUUUUUGAGUAGUGGAGCAAUUCUAUUAGUGCCAAAGGUCUAUCGAGUAAAAAAGACAAACAUUGUGUGGGAAUGAAUGAACAUUUGUGAUAAAUGCAUAAAAGGUCUCAAUAUGCAUGGUUAUUCUCCCCUCUAGCACUUUUGUACUUUUCUAAAAAGUUUGUUCCCUGAUGUAUCAUGUAAGCAACCUUGAUAAUGAGGUGUUUCUUUUCUCUGAUAGAUACUCUGAUAGAUUUUUUUUUUACUUUUUUUUUUUUUUCAGGAAAAUAUUAUGGCAGAUCAUCUCUGUAGUCAGGCAUUUGCAUGUGUUUCCAGUUGACCUCCGCUGGCUGAUUGUGUUCUGUAGCAGUAAACCCUUGUUCUGACACGAUUCAGUAGCUUGUGCUGUCGUACGGUCAUCUCCUCAGGUUGUGUCAUAGUUAGUAUGAAGGACUAGAAUGGCAACACACUUGGAGUGCCCAACACGACGUUACACAAAUCAAAUAAAUUCUCAUCUUUCCCGUACAAAAAAAAAAGAAAACAAGAAAAAAAAACGCAAAGUGUACAUAGAUAUGCUUAGCAGUAACCCUGGAAAACAAAUUUUAGCUUAAUGUGUGUGUAAAGAAAAGGAAAAGUGGUUUAUACUUACUGAAAAUAGUUGAUAAAAGACAAAAAUCAUGAAAAAUGAGGACAAUCUCUGUUGUAAUGUAUUCAAAACAUAUGCAUACUGUAUAUUAUUAUAUGUGUGCGCUUGAGUUUGUGUGUGUGCAUGUAUGUAUACUGGCACAGCAGUGUCUGGAUAAUGUAUGUACACACUAUGUAUCUUGUAUAGAAUCUGAAAAGAAUAUAAAACUGCUGAUAUAUUACACCUGCUUGUAAUUUAAACAUCAUUUGCUGUAUUUCACAAUUAUUUCUUUCUUUAGAGGUGAGCUUUCAUAUGUGGCAGCAGUCAAGCAGUGGACACUGUUGAACAACUGAAGUAUAUCUUGAUAUCAUACCCCUGUAAAAUACUCCUAGAGGCUAAAAAAGAAGACAUGCUCAUUUACAUUUGGUGUAAUGUUUUUUCUCGUCUUGAAUUUUUUUCUUGAACCAUUAAAUAUUGUGUAUCUUUA